CGACCUGAGCUCCAACCAACUGUCUGGUCCCAUCCCCAAGGAGAUUGGUUCCAUGGUCGCCCUCACCAAACUUGAUCUUUCGGAGAACCAGCUUUCGGGCAACAUCCCUGCAGCCUUUGGAGCACUCAGUCAAAUGAAAUUCAUGGACCUCUCAAACAACCAGCUUGAAGGCGUCCCUUCCACUUUGGGUGCACUCAACAUGAUGUCUUACUUGUCCCUCUCUUACAACAAGCUCUCUGGACCCAUCCCUGACACCAUCGGCUCCCUCACCAGCCUUACCAAUCUGGGGCUUCGUUCCAACAAACUCUCGGGUUCCAUCCCUCCCUCCAUUGCCUUGCUGAAAAAUAUCAAUGCACUUGAUUUGAGCUCCAACCAACUGUCUGGUCCCAUCCCCAAGGAGAUUGGUUCCAUGGUCGCCCUCACCAAACUUGAUCUUUCGGACAACCAGCUUUUGGGCAACAUCCCUGCAACGUUUGCUGGACUUAUUCAAAUGCAAUUCAUGGACCUCUCAAACAACCAACUUUCGAGCAGCAUUCCUGCCAAAUUUAGUGCUCUCAGCCAAGUGUCUUACAUGAUGUUAGCCGACAAUCAGCUCACUGGCCCUAUACCUUCUGACAUUGGCUCACUCAAGGGAAUGGUCGCUCUAUCUCUCGAAUACAACCAGCUGACUGGACCCAUCCCUGCCUCCAUCGGCUCUCUCACUGGCCUUACAGAACU